AUCUUUCGUUUCGGUUUCGACAUGGAUUUUAUUCGUACGCGAGAGUUCUCUUAUGGGUUUCUCUCGUUAACAACCGUUUUAAGAGAACUGUUAAAAACUGAACGGAAAUUUUAGAAUAACGAUGAACAUAAUAUUUUGAUCAAAAAGAGCGGCAAAGUAGCUACAGACCAAGAGGAAUAUGAUUAGGAAAUUUGAAUUUAUGAUGAAUUAUCCUAAAUUAAAAGGAUAGCGUUUUGGGUAUGAUUGUUAUCACACCGCGAAACAGACGCCAAAGAGUGUGGAGCAAUGAAAAAUCGAGUUCAAAACAAAAUGGAAAAAGAGAGAAAGAGCAUUGCGCCUGCUCCAAUAAGAGCUCCCGUCUCCCCAGUUGAAGCUUUCGUUUCGGUUUCGGUUUCGUCGUGCACUUCAUUCGUGAGCGAGAGCUUGCUUCGAACAGACGCCUCCAAGAACGCCCCGCAUGCCACGCCUCUAUUCGAAAGGCUUUUUGGCAAGAAACACGCGACUGCAAUAAUAAUAACCAUAUUAAGAACACUGAUCAGAUAUUGUUGGGAUUUGCGAUCAAAUUGGAGAUUAUUUUCCGUUGCAUUCCAAUCGGAAUUGUAUUUUCAUUCCGUUCUGUAAUCGCGCGCGUUUUUCGUCGCGCCGAUCGUUAAAAAUUCAUUAAGGCUUGUUAAUCACCGCCAAUAAUACAACAAAUAAUACAAAUAAUACAAGUAAUCGCAUUGAUUGCCCAUAAUUGAUACUCGCCGUGUGUGAGAGAGUGAGUGCCUGUGUGUGAGUGCGAUCGCAUCCGCCGGUAAAUGUCCGCGCCAAGGGAAACGGAUCUGGAUCUUCCACGGACUUGAUGCCGACGUAGCUGAAGAUAUAUCUCCAGUCCAGCAGUUGGACUCGAAAUGUCACGACGCAAACAGUCCAACCCCAAGCCGUUGAAUAAAGGUGAUUGUUCCGAUACCACAGAAGAUAUGACCGUCGACAGCAGAGAUUCCAAAGAUCUUACCGCUCAAGACAUGGGCGAGGAGAAACAACAGCAAAUGGAGGAUCAACUAGAGGAUCAGCUGGAGGAUUCCAGAGACCCUCAGGAGAACAACAAUAACAAUGAUAACAACGGCGAAGAGGCUGACUUCGAAGAGCCAGAAGAGACUAAUCCCAAUCAGGAUCAGAGUUUGGGGGAGACAGAAAUGGAGCAAGACCACGACCUUCAGCAGGAGGAGCACAGUGACUUGGCUGCAACCAGUCCCAGCACUCCGCCCAGAAGUCCCUGCUCUCCUCAGCUAAUUCCCAAACUUGAACAGCCUGCCACGCCCCCCUCAGAGGCGGAACCCUCCCCGUGUCCCUCGCCCUGUCCCACGCCCAAGUUCCCCAAGGUACGUUUGAAUGCGCUCCUCGCAUCAGACCCUGCCCUCAAGCCAGAUGCCAAGGAGCUGACUUUGCCGGACUCACGUCUGUUGGCUCCGCCGCCACUCGUGAAGCCAGAAACCCAAGCUCAGUCAGAGGUUACGGAAUCUCUGCUGAAGCCAGCCAGGUUCAUGUGCCUGCCCUGUGGUAUCGCCUUCAGUUCGCCAUCAACUCUGGAAGCCCAUCAAGCCUACUAUUGCUCUCAUAGGAUUAAGGAAACAGAGGAGGCGGGCAGUGAUAAGUCAGGAGCAGGAGGAUCGGCAGUCGCGGGCGGAGAAGGAGCUGGCUUAUCUAGCGGCUCCGCCGAACCACCAGCCAAAAUGGCUAGGACAGGAAAGCAAUACGGCUGCUCCCAGUGCUCCUACAGUGCGGAUAAGAAAGUGUCUCUGAAUCGCCACAUGCGGAUGCACCAGACAUCGCCGGCGGCUCCGACACUUGCCAGUUUGCCAAGCCUGCUCCAGAACGGCUUAGCCCCGUCGGGAGUUACGCCCAGUUCGUUGGAGGACAGCCCUAGUCAACAGCAAACCGAUCGCUACUGCAGCCACUGUGAUAUCCGGUUCAACAACAUCAAGACCUAUCGGGCGCACAAGCAGCACUACUGCAGUUCGCGGAGGCCGGAGGGACAGCUCACCCCGAAGCCAGACGCAUCUCCUGGAGCAGGAUCAGGGCCGGGUUCUGUAGUUGGACCUGGAGGAGUGUCUGCCCAGGCGACAGCGCCCGGAAAGCUAAGUCCGCUGGCCAGGAAUAAGACACCUACUCCAGCAAUGGUCGCUGUCGCGGCUGCAGCAGCGGCGGCGGCUGCCUCCCUCCAGGCUACACCCCACACGCAUCCACCAUUCUUGGCACUGCCCACCCACCCGAUCAUCAUUGUGCCCUGCUCGCUGAUCAGGGCGGCAAGCUUUAUUCCAGGGCCACUGCCAACACCCAACUCCGGGAUUGUGAAUCCAGAGACCACCUGCUUCACAGUGGACAAUGGAACGAUCAAGCCACUGGCCACUGCGCUCAUUGGCGCUUCUUUGGAGCCCGAACGGCCCUCAGCUCCCUCUUCAGCUGCUGAACCCACAGAACCCAAGAGCAGUCCACCUGAGCCCAAGCGAAAGGAGGCAGGAGGAAGUCGGGAAUCUGCGCCAUUAGAUCUCUCGCUGCGUAGGUCCCCAAUCUCCCUGAACUCACUAAGCCUGCGGCAGCGCCAACUGCGCAACGCCCUCUUAGACGUAGAGGAAGUACUUCUUGCCAGCGGAGGAACUGGCAAGGAGAGUGCGGAGACUCCGAGAGGAGGUGGAAGUGUGACUCCUGAGCAGAUCGUGUGCGCCCCCUCUCUUCCGAGCAGUCCUUCAAUGAGUCCGUCGCCGAAGCGACGAGCCAUUAGCCCUCGCAGUUCCGGAGCUGGUAGUGCCUCCUCCAUGUCACCACCCGGCCUCAAUGUGGCUGUGCCCCACCUGCUAGACAUGCGAUCUAUGCUGCCAGCGGACUUCGGACUCUCCGAAUCGCUGUUGGCCAAAACCAAUCCGGAACUAGCUCUCAAACUAGCAGCGGCAGCUGCAGCAGCUGCUGUGGCGGGCAGCAGUGGAGCGACACCCUUUCCGCCCUCUCCUCUUCCUGCCCAAGCGAGUGCCGGAAAUCCUGGAGGCGCAGGAUCAGCAGGCAGCCAGCAACCACAAAUCUAUGUGAAGAAAGGCGUCUCCAAGUGCAUGGAAUGCAAUAUUGUGUUUUGCAAGUAUGAGAAUUACUUGGCCCACAAACAGCACUAUUGCUCGGCGAGAGGUCAAGAGGGCACAGGUGAGGUGGACAUUAAGUCAGCGGUUUCUCCAUCCAAUCCCGGAGCUGCAGGAUUGGGAGCUGGAGGCGCAGAAGCUGCUUCAUCGGUGGAAACCACUCCUGUGGCUUAUCAACAACUGAUCUGCGCAGCCUGCGGGAUAAAGUACACGUCCCUAGACAACCUGCGAGCCCACCAGAACUACUACUGCCCUAAGGGAGGAGCAGCUGCUGCCCCCGCCGCGACUGCCGCAGACCCAGGACAACUGGCCAUGGCAAAGGAGAAGUGCGGAAAGUGUAAGACUCUGCACGAGGUUGGCCUGCCUUGUCCGCCGCCUGUCACAAAUGCCCUCGCCGCCCCCACUACCAACUCCCAGCCUGCCUCCAAUAGCCUUAACAAGUGUCCUGUGUGCGGAAUAGUGAGUCCCACAGCGGCGCUGGCCAAGAAGCACAUGGAGAUGCACGGAACUGUGAAAGCAUACCGCUGCAGCAUCUGCCAGUACAAGGGCAAUACUCUUCGAGGCAUGCGCACCCACAUUCGCACUCACUUCGACAAGAAGACCAGCGACGUUAACGAGGAGCACUACAUGACCUGCAUCUUCGAGGAGGAGGGUUCCACACUCGUCCAGGAGCUGGCUCCCUCAUCAGGGCCAUCUACCACCACUGGCCACGAUUCCAUGGAACAUCCCUCACAGAUCUUCAACUGCGAUUACUGCAACUACGGCUCCACCUACAAGGGCAAUGUGCUGCGGCACAUGAAGCUAAUGCAUCCGCAUGUGGCCAUCAACUCACCUUCCAUUUCCCCGGAUACCAGAGAUCAGGAACCGGCCUUGAACACCACUCCUAAUCAACACUCGAAUUCCGAUGGUUCCAAUGGCGAGGCAACCAGCUUCCAUAUCAAAUCGGAGCCCAUGGAUCCCCCGCCGACUCUAAGCUUGGUACACGAGAACAACAACUCGCCGAUUGUCACGCCACAUAUCAAAGCUGAGCCAAUGGAAGUCGGCUUGGAUGUGGCGCCCGGUGGUCUGGUUCCGCCGAUGACCUCUCCACUAGGGAACAGUAGCGUCGCCGCCGCAGCAGCCGCCGCCGCCGAGGUGAUGAAGAAGUACUGCUCCACCUGCGACAUAUCCUUCAACUACGUGAAGACCUACCUGGCCCACAAGCAAUUCUACUGCAAGAACAAGCCAAAUCGCCCAGAGGCAAGCGAUAGCCCAAGUCCGAAUCACAUGGGCGGCGGCGUUGCCGUGGGCCUGGGCAUCGGGGGUAUGGUCGGCGGACAUGGCCAGCAGAAGAACAAGGAAAACAUGCAGGAGGCCGCCAUUUGAGAGAGCCAGCUGCAAUGGGAGGCGCAGCGCAAGCAGCUGGAAUGGUAUUACACCUGCUUCUAAGCAGAAGACCGAACCUAAUCGAAUCCUAAGCAUAGCCCCCAUUAAAAUGUACACUUUACAAACCGCAACCUGUAAUCGACGACAGUAUUCCCGGAGAAUCUCCCUGUCGCUACCCUCCACUUCCAAACGCCACUUGGGGACUGACUCCUUCGACUUACCGAUCGAUAGCAGUAGAUAUAUAGAACAUACACCCAUUCAUACAUAUAUAGUUAACGUAAAUAAAUAUUUAGAUUACCUAGCUAUAUGUAGACGCAUACCCAUGAAGUGGGAACCAUGACAUAUAAUGCAUGCCAAAGCUUACCACUUAGACAGAAACUAAACCGAGGAGAAGAAACUACAAGUUUGCAAUGGAUUGCGGUGAAGAAGGAGGCGAAGUAUUCCUAUGUAGAUCCAUUAUUAUUAUGUAAAUGGCUCGCUGUUCCAUGUAUAAGGCGAUUCUAACUGUGUAAUUAAACUGAAUACAUUAUUUAUUAAGUGUGUGCGACAAUAAAAGUAAUUAAUUUAUUCAACAAAAA